ACAUUCAGCACCUUGGUCACCUCACCCACCCCAACUCCUCAACCUCACAACCCAACCAACAACCAAGCCGGUCAUCACGAUGCGUUCCAACACUCUUCUCGUUGCCCUUGCGGCCACCGCUUCAGCUUCUGCUGUUCCCCAGCCCCGGGCUGAGGCUCCCGGCGCUCUGAUCACCCCGGCCCCUAUCUUUAAGGGUUCGGCUGUUCAGGGUGCCAUCCGGGCGCAUGGUCAGCAGGCAGAGGUUGUUGACAAGCGGGCCUAUGAGGUUUCGGUGGAAAUUUCCGGUUCGGGCAGCCAAUUCACCAGCUGCGUUUACAGCAUCAGCUCGGUGCUGAGGUCGAUUCAAAACGCCGCCCCUUAUCCCUCCGACACGGAUCUGGCGUCAUGGAUUCUUACAGCCGUUCCGGAGGAGUCCACCACCACGCUGGGUCUCAACGACGCCGGGAAAGCUUGCGAGACGUCGGAUAUGACGACCCCCACCGUCCCUGCGUCCUUGACCUCGGCCUUCUCGUCCUACGAAUCCGAGGCCGAGGCGUGGCUGACCGAGGCGGCUAAGGGCGCGAGCAGCGUGGCCGGUAACUGCCCUACCAAGGUCCGCGAUUGGGUCGAGCUCUCCUUUGCCACGAAUACUGCCGAGUGCAAGGCCAUUGUCGCCAGGCUGCAGGGCAAAAGCGGUGCUGGUUUGAACUCUGCUCCCGUCUUGGCCGCCGUCGCUGCGUUUGCCGGCCUCGUUGGCGUCUUGGCACUCUAAAAGAGUGUACUAUCGCCAAAGAAGCCCGACAUGAUAGGUACCCUUGGUUCAAGAAAACACGAAUGAUACGAUAAAACUAGGUAAUGGACGGAUGAAUGAGACGAACAGGAAAGUCGCUAUCGUCGUUGGACAGUUGAUUUCUUGAUGCGUUGGAUAAAUAGAUGAUGAUGGAGGGAUUCUUAUAACAUAAUAACACUGUAACGAUAUUCACGAGAUACCUACCUCUAUGCUACUACCAAAUACAGACAUUGAUGUGACUGGA